UAGAACGGCAGGGCCGUAGAACGAUUGUUUUUUUUUUUUUUUUGAUUUCGCUAUUGCUAUUGAUGACAUCUAAAUCGAUACUGUACGUACUAGGUAUCCCUGUUCGAUUUGUUUUCCCGAAUGGGCCGAUGCAAUUGAUAAUGGUUCGACGUCAGAGAAAUAAAAGCAGAGUAGUAGCCCACCUCUAGUUUGUCAGGAACACCUUUCAUACAUACAUCUAUUUAAAUUCAGAGUUAAGGAAAGCUGAAGGUUACUGCUUGUUACCUCACCUUACCCUUUUACCGGUUAGCUGUACGCUGUACCUGUACCCUCUUAAACCUUAAGGUUAUCGAUUGCAGCUCUAGCCAGGAACGAACCUCUGGAGCACUGAACCAUUUCAACGAAAAGAGGGACCACAACAGGCGGACCCCUGUUCCCUCUGUUCCCCCUGCUCUCCGAUAGAUUUCAAUCUAAACUCCGAGCCUAACAAAAUUCCCAAUUCCUAAUUGAGCAGCUCAGACGCCUUGACUCGCUGAAAUUGCAUAGCACUUAGACCCUGACUUUAAUAAGUCAGUCCCAAGUGAAAGCAAUUUUCUCUUCGCCACAUAUACACGUCGUGGGCCCCCCCAAAAUACUAAUACUAAUUACAUUCUUUUAAUAUUUAUCCCAUUCGAUCUUUUUCUUCUCUCAGUUGUUGUUUUGUUCGCGUUUUCGGUGUAACUAGUCUAUUCUUUUAUUCAAGAUGGACGUCGUACUCGAGCUUACCGACACCUUCAUAGCUGAUUAUGUCUAUGCUUAUGCGCAUCCAUUAAAAUCAGCUGCCCCUUACGAUUAUCUCGAUGUCGCCAACAAUUCUACAGCGCAACCCCUUUCGUCAUGGCAGUUCAAGACGUCCAACCCUUACUUCCCUGUCGAGCCCAGCAAAUAUGCCUACAUGAGCGCGUGGGAUAGAGAUAAUGUCUACCGCCAGGGCAUCACUCUGUUCUUAAUCACAUGGAUCUUUGGUUUCAUUCUAUACUUUGUUUUCGCUACGCUAUCCUACCUUUUCGUCUUCGACAAGAAGACAAUGGAACACCCCAAGUACCUGAAGAACCAGAUGUGGCUUGAGAUCAAGCAAGCGAACAGAGCGAUGCCGGUCAUGUCCCUACUCACCACGCCUUGCUGGCUCCUCGAAAUUCGCGGUUACACCAAGAUGUACAGCACGCCCGCCGACGGCCCGGGUCUGUGGUACGAAAUCCUCCAAUACCCUCUCUUCAUCCUCUUCACCGACGCCAUGAUCUACCUCAUCCACCGAGGCCUCCACCAUCCGUUGAUCUACAAGCGCCUUCACAAGCCUCACCACAAGUGGAUCAUGCCGACCCCCUACGCCUCGCACGCCUUCCACCCUGUCGACGGCUUCGCGCAAUCGCUCCCCUACCACAUCUACCCGAUGCUCUUCCCUCUCAAUAAAUUCGCGUCGGUCGGUCUAUUCGUCUUCGUCAACUUCUGGACUAUUAUGAUCCACGACGGCGAGUACGUGGCUAACAGCCCCGUCAUCAACGGCGCGGCCUGCCACACCAUGCACCACUUGUACUUCAACUACAACUACGGCCAGUACACUACCUUCUGGGACAGACUCGGACGCAGCUACCGCAAGCCCGACGACAGUUUGUUCGAGAAGGAGAAGAAGAUGAGCGAGGACCAGUGGAAGAAGCAGGUCAAGGAGAUGGAGAAGAUGGUUAAGGAAGUCGAGGGUGUCGAUGACCGCUCCUAUGACCCUCAUGGAACUAAGAAGAACAACUAGGUGUUCUUAGACCAUCGCCUCGUCGCGAAGCGCUUGGCUGGCCAUGUCUAACACGGCUAACGGAAAGCACUUUGCUUAGGCGUUGCUAGGGGAACGAUAUACGGCAGUGAUACGAACCUCAUUAAUUAGUGCUAGUCACACGAAGAGAUUAGACGGCGAUGUAUUGUACAUACGGGCAGAAUGCUGGGCCCACCCCUUAAUGAGAUGACGGCGUUUAGGGAGUGGACCAUUUUUCCAUAUAAAUGGAGGGUUUUGAUAGGGGGCUGCUGUUCCGACUUUAGAACCCUCGAACGCAAAAAAGAAAUCAAGUCGUGGGGCCUCGUAGAUGAAAAAAGAGGAGGCAACUCUCGUUUUCCGUCAGCAAGAAAAAGCAAAAGAAAGAUGAAAGAGAAAUGGAAAAGAGGACCGGAUAGAUAUACUGCGAGGAUUUUUAUCUUAAUAAUGCAAAAUAAAACCUAAUGUUCUAUAAUC